GCCGGGCUGGGGGCGUCACCGCUCUGCUCCCGACGUCGCAGGCGCCCUGGGCCGAGCCGUCGCCAGGGCUGGGGGCGGGUCGGCUCCCGGGGCGCCCUUGUCCCGGGCCCGCCGGUCGCCCAGCCGGAUGGGCUGCACCGUGAGCCUGGUGUGCUGUGAGGCUCUGGAGCCCGGGCCCCCCUGCGGCCCGCAGCCCCCCGGGAGUCCCCCGGCCGCAGCGCCCGCUCAGUGCUGGGAGCCCGGGGACCCGGGCCACGCGCACAGGAGGCAGCUGCUGCUUCAGCCAGAGGAUCUGGAGGCCCCCAAGACCCACCACUUCAAGGUGAAGACUUUCAAGAAGGUGAAGCCCUGUGGUAUCUGCCGACAGGCCAUCACCCGGGAGGGCUGUACCUGCAAAGUCUGCAGCUUCUCCUGUCAUCGGAAAUGCCAGGCCAAGGUGGCUGCCCCCUGCAUUCCUCCGUCCAACCAUGAGCUGGUGGGAGAAGGAGCCUCCCGGGGUGGAAAUUCACGGAAAAGUCUGGAAGAAGAGGGCUCCACUAGAGUCACCCCGAGUAUCCAGCCCCAUCUGCAGCCUGUCAGUCCCCCUAGAAACCUGAGUGUGAGCCGGACCAUGGAGGACAGCUGUGAGCUGGACCUGGUGUACGUCACAGAGAGGAUCAUUGCUGUGUCCUUCCCCAGCACAGCCAAUGAGGAGAACUUCCGGAACAACCUCCGGGAGGUGGCCCAGAUGCUCAAGUCCAAACAUGGAGGCAGCUACCUGCUGUUCAAUCUCUCUGAGCGAAGACCUGACAUCACAAAGCUCCAUUCCAAGGUACUGGAAUUUGGCUGGCCUGACCUACAUACCCCGGCCCUCGAGAAGAUCUGCAGCAUCUGCAAGGCCAUGGACACCUGGCUCAACUCAGACCCGCACAACGUCGUCGUUCUACACAACAAGGGAAACCAAGGCAGGAUAGGGGUGGUCAUCGCAGCUUACAUGCACUACAGCAACAUUUCUGCCAGUGCUGACCAAGCUCUGGAUCGGUUUGCAAUGAAGCGGUUCUAUGAGGAUAAGAUCAUACCCAUUGGGCAGCCAUCUCAGAGAAGGUAUGUGCAUUACUUCAGCGGCCUGCUCUCUGGCUCCAUCAAAAUGAACAACAAGCCCUUGUUUCUGCACCAUGUGAUCAUGCACGGCAUCCCCAACUUUGAGUCCAAAGGAGGGUGUCGGCCUUUUCUCCGCAUCUACCAGGCCAUGCAACCUGUGUACACGUCUGGCAUCUACAACAUCCCGGGGGACAGCCAGACGAGCAUCUGCAUCACCAUUGAGCCAGGACUGCUCCUGAAGGGAGACAUCUUGCUGAAGUGCUACCACAAGAAGUUCCGGAGCCCCGCCCGAGAUGUCAUCUUCCGCGUGCAGUUCCAUACCUGUGCCAUCCAUGACCUGGGGGUUGUCUUUGGGAAGGAGGACCUCGAUGAGGCCUUCAAAGAUGACCGAUUUCCAGAAUAUGGCAAAGUAGAGUUCGUGUUUUCUUACGGGCCAGAGAAAAUUCAAGGCAUGGAGCACCUGGAGAAUGGGCCAAGUGUGUCUGUGGAUUACAACACCUCCGACCCCCUCAUCCGCUGGGAUUCCUACGACAACAUCAGUGGACAUCGGGAAGAUGGCACGGAGGAGGUGGUGGGACAUACCCAGGGGCCACUGGACGGGAGUCUGUACGCCAAGGUGAAGAAGAAGGACUCCCUGAACGGCAGCACCGGGGCCGUCAACGCCGCGCGUCCUGUCCUGUCGGCCACCCCCAACCACGUGGAGCACACGCUUUCCGUGAGCAGUGACUCGGGCAACUCCACAGCCUCCACCAAGACCGACAAGACCGAUGAGCCUGUCCCCGGGGCCUCCGGUGCCCCCGCUGCCCUGAGUCCCGAAGAGAAGAGGGAGCUGGAUCGCCUGCUCAGCGGCUUUGGCCUAGAGCGAGAGAAGCAGGGCGCCAUGUACCGCGCACAGCACCUCAGGUCCCGCCUGGCCGCCGGCCCAGCUGUGUCUCCCUCGGGCCGUCACGUUGUCCCAGCCCAGGUCCAUGUCAACGGCGGGGCCUUGGCCUCUGAGCGGGAGACAGACAUCCUGGAUGAUGAGCUGCCCAACCAGGAUGGGCACAGCGUGGGCAGCAUGGGCACGCUGUCCUCUCUGGACGGGAUCACCAACACCAGCGAGGGGGGCUACCCAGAAGCCCUGCCCCCACUAACCAACGGCCUGGACAAGGCCCACCCUGCGGAACCUCUGGUCAAUGGCGGGGGCUACCCCUAUGAGAACGCCAGCCGGGCAGUGCCUGCCCAUGCUGGCCACGUGGCCCCCAUGCGACCCUCCUACUCGGCACAGGAGGGCUUAGCUGGCUACCAGCGGGAGGGGCCCCACCCGGUCUGGCCCCAGGCAGUGACCACCUCCCACUACGGCCAUGACCCCAGCGGCAUGUUCCGCUCUCAGUCCUUCCCCGAUGCCGAGCCCCAGCUGCCCCCAGCUCCAGCCCGUGGGGGCAGCAGCCGGGAGGCCGUGCAGAGGGGGCUGAAUUCAUGGCAGCAGCAGCCGCCGCCGCAGCCUCGCCAACCUCCUCGCCAGCAGGAAAGAGCCCAGUUGGAGAGCCUUGCGACCGGCAGGCCCAGCCCCCAGCCGCUGGCAGAGCCCCCAGCCUCUGCUCUCCCAGAAUUCCCCAGGGCGGCCUCUCACCAGGAGAUUGAGCAGUCCAUCGAAGCGCUCAACAUGCUCAUGCUGGACCUUGAGCCAGUCUCGGCCGCCGCCCCCCUGCACAAGUCCCAGAGUGUCCCUGGUGCCUGGCCAGGGGCUCCCCCACUCUCCUCCCAACCCCUCUCGGGCUCUUCCCGCCAGUCUCAUCCACUGACCCAGUCCAGAUCUGGCUCCAUCCCCGGUGGGCACUCCCUGGGAACCCCCGAGCUGGCCCCUCCUGGCAGGUCUUACUCACCUUACGAUUAUCAGUCGGGUCCAGCUGCGUCCAACCAGGGUUUCCGUCCAAAGAGCCCAGCCUCCUCAUCCUUCCUUCCAACCGCCCAUGGCCCCCCAGGGCCUCAGCAGCCCCCAGCCUCUCUCCCUGGCCUCACCACUCAGCCUCAGCUCCCACCAAAGGAAGUGGCCUCAGAGCCCUCCCGAACCCCAGAGGAGGAGCCACUGAACCUGGAAGGGCUGGUGGCCCACCGAAUAGCAGGGGUGCAGGCUCGGGAGAGGCAGCCUACAGAGCCCCCAGCCCCACUCCGGAGGCGGGCCGCCAGCGAUGGACAGUAUGAGAACCAUUCUCCUGAAGCCACAUCCCCCCGUAGCCCUGGGGUUCGCUCCCCUGUCCAGUGCGUCUCCCCUGAGCUGGCUCUCACCAUCGCCCUCAAUCCUGGAGGGCGCCCCAAAGAGCCCCACCUGCACAGCUACAAGGAGGCCUUCGAGGAGAUGGAGGGGACCUCUCCAACCAGCCCGCCGUCCGGUGGGGUGCGCUCCCCUCCAGGUCUGGCCAAGACACCCCUAUCUGCUCUGGGCCUGAAACCCCACAACCCAGCGGACAUCUUGUUGCACCCCACAGGCGCCACCAGGAGACUGGUCCAGCCAGAGGAAGACGAGGGGAGGGAGCUGGCUAAGCUUCCAGAAGAAGCCCGGAGCUACGUGGAGUCUGUGGCACGGACGGCAGUGGCUGGGCCCCGACCUCAGGAUGCUGAACCCAAGAGCUUCAGUGCCCCAGCUGCCCAGGCCUAUGGCCACGAGACGCCCCUGAGGAAUGGGACCCUGGGCAGCUCCUUUGUCUCCCCCAGCCCUCUGUCCACCAGCAGCCCCAUCCUCAGCGCCGAUAGCACUUCAGUGGGGAGUUUCCCAUCAGGGGAGAGCAGCGACCAGGGCCCGCGGACACCCACCCAGCCCUUGUUGGAUUCCAGCUUCCGCUCCGGCAUCCUGGGGCAGCCCAGCCCUGUGGCCCAGAGAAGUUACCAGAGCUCUUCUCCCCUCCCGACCGUGGGCAGCAACUACAGCAGCCCCGACUCCUCACUUCAGCAAUUCAGCCCCGCAGAAAGCCAGCCCCGCUCUCAGUUCAGUGUGGCCAGUGUCCACACGGUGCCCGGGAGCCCUCAGGCCCGCCACAGGACAGUGGGCACCAACACGCCCCCUAGUCCUGGCUUCGGCCGGCGGGCCGUCAACCCCAGCAUGGCUGCUCCUGGCAGUCCCAGUUUGAGCCACCGCCAGGUCAUGGGUCCACCUGGCCCUGGUUUCCAUGGCAACACCGUUUCCAGCCACCAAAGCAGUGCGGCCACCACCCCAGGGAGCCCCAGCCUGGGCCGGCACCCCGGGGCCCACCAAGGCAACCUGACCCCCAGUCUCCAUGGCAACGCAGUGGCCAGCCCUGGCAGCCCCAGCCUGGGCCGUCACCUGGGAGGGUCUGGAUCCAUGGUUCCUGGCAGCCCCAGCUUGGACCGGCACGUGGCCUACGGUGGCUACUCCACCCCUGAGGACCGGAGGCCCGCGCUGUCCCGACAGAGCAGCGCUUCCGGCUACCAGCCCCCGUCCACACCCUCCUUCCCUCUCUCCCCUGCCUACUACCCGGGCCUGAGCAGCCCCACCACCUCCCCCUCCCCGGAUUCUGCGGCCUUCCGGCAGGGGAGCCCCACACCGGCCCUGCCAGAGAAGCGGAGGAUGUCCGUGGGCGACCGGGCAGGCAGCCUCCCCAACUACGCCACCAUCAAUGGGAAGGUGUCCUCCUCGCCGGUGGCCAGUGGCAUGUCCAGUCCCAGUGGGGGCAGCACUGUCUCCUUCUCCCACACGCUGCCCGACUUCUCCAAGUACUCCAUGCCAGACAACAGUCCCGAGACCCGGGCUAAAGUGAAAUUUGUCCAGGACACUUCCAAGUAUUGGUACAAGCCUGAGAUCUCCAGAGAGCAAGCCAUCGCACUCCUUAAGGAUCAGGAGCCAGGGGCCUUCGUCAUCCGUGACAGCCACUCCUUCCGGGGGGCCUAUGGGCUGGCCAUGAAGGUGUCUUCGCCCCCUCCGACCAUCAUGCAGCAGAAUAAGAAAGGAGAUCUGGCCCAUGAGUUGGUGAGACAUUUCCUAAUCGAGACCGGCCCCAGAGGAGUCAAGCUCAAGGGCUGCCCCAAUGAGCCGAACUUUGGCUCCCUGUCCGCCCUGGUGUACCAGCACUCCAUCAUCCCUCUGGCUCUGCCCUGCAAGCUCGUCAUUCCAAACCGAGACCCCACAGAUGAAUCGAGAGAUAGCUCGGGCCCUGCCAACUCGACUUCUGACCUGCUGAAGCAGGGAGCAGCCUGUAAUGUACUCUUCGUCAAUUCCGUGGAUAUGGAGUCACUCACUGGGCCGCAGGCCAUCUCCAAAGCCACAUCUGAGACGUUGGCUGCUGACCCCACCCCAGCUGCCACUAUCGUUCACUUCAAGGUCUCUGCGCAGGGAAUCACACUGACUGACAACCAGAGAAAGCUCUUCUUCCGAAGACACUACCCCCUCAACACUGUCACCUUCUGUGACCUGGAUCCACAGGAAAGAAAGUGGAUGAAGACAGAGGGAGGUGCUCCUGCUAAGCUCUUUGGCUUCGUGGCCCGGAAGCAAGGCAGCACCACAGACAACGCCUGCCACCUCUUUGCCGAGCUCGACCCCAAGCAGCCUGCCUCGGCCAUCGUCAACUUUGUCUCCAAGGUCAUGCAGAGCACCGGCCAGAAGAGAUGAGCCCAGACCCCUUGCCCAGGGCCAGGGCAGUGGGGACGGGGCACCUGGGGAGGGGACCUCUGAAUCCUGACCACCUCGAAUCCACAAGGAGGACUUUGGGCUAAUUUUGGAGAAGGAGAGAAGAAAGUGUAGCGUUGGGCGAGGGAAGUGAAUUGCAGAGGGGAGGGGAGAGGGAGAAAAAGCAAAAAAAAGAUGGAGGAGGAGACGCAGGUUCUCCUGGGCAGAUGGAAUCGGCAGCCUCCCAGAGCCUCCUAAGCCAGCCAGGUCCCCUCACUCCUGCCCCCUCUGAGAGGACAGAGCUCCUCCACGGGCCUCCUUGGGAUCCACAUUUUGGGGGGAAAAUCAAAAAGCUCUGUGUCCCUCGCCACCUGCUUUGCAAGGACAGUUCAAGCCAAGAGAGUCUUUUUCUGGCCACCUGAGGGCGGGUCGCUGAGCCCGAAGGCUGGCGGGAGAAAGCGCGUGGAGAAGCUUUUCCUUCUGACACUAUGCCAGACCCGAGGCCCCUCCGUCCUGUGCUGGGCCAUGAUGCAUUGUGAUGUGGGUGUUUGUCUGUCCCCACCCACACCCUCACACACUGAUUUCUAUCGCCUCUGUCUGCUAGAAUUGUAAACAGCUCUGCUCGCCCCUGUCCCCUGGGUUAGCACACACGUGCAUGCUGUCCAAAGAAGGUUAGGGUUGGGGGUGACACGGCAGCAGGAGGAGACAGAGCCCUCUCCUGCAGGAGUACCUAGGAUUCCCCCUUCCCGUCCCUGUACUUAUACUCUAGUGGCCCCGGGUGCCACCAGCCUGCUCUGUACAGAGGCCCUGGCCAGAGGGGAAGUGCACCCCUGCUCCAUUGCUGGUUGACCGGGAGCCCUGGGCUUUGGUGUGAGGAAGCAGAGAUAUGUGUGUCCGUAGGGAGGAGGACUGUCAGGAAAGGUGACUGCUGAGCUCUGAUACCUUCCCACCACGGGUGGCUCACAGCUGGCUGGGCAGGCUGCUCUGGCCAGUGCCGGGACUCUGCCUUACUCCUGCUGCUCGGCCCCAUUCCUGGGCUCAGGGUCCCAGCGCCAGCCUUAUCUCAGCCUUGCUUAUCUGCAUGCUGCCUUUUGGGGCACUGGGGAUGGUGACUUCCUGCCCUGCCCUGUCUUUCCUGCAAGGUCCUCAUGCUGGGGCUCAUCCUGGGGAACCUGCUUCUCAGCUCCCUUCUCAGCAAGGCCCCAGGAGAAACGUGUGGUCCUGGUGUCCCCUCUGUAACACAGAGCCUCAAGGUCUGACUGGUUGCAGGCGCCUUUCAGCUGGGCUGCUCAGGGUGACAUCAGCAAAGCUCCUAGGGCUGCUUCCGGAGCACCACAGGGCCUCCCCGUCACGCCACAGCCUCGCUGUCUCCCUUCUUUCUGCCUUGGCUUCCCCAGCAGAGCCACACUGCCCACAGAGCAGGGGACAAAGAGCAUGCAUUUAGGUCAAAAGACCAAGGGUCCAUUUGGGCAGUGGGGAAGACCCUUGGCCACCACCCAGGAACUCUAAGCCAGAAUGGAAACUUCACCAGGACUCCAUUCUUCAGCCCACAGGGGCCCUCUGAAGAGUGGCAUUGUACUGAUAUAUAAAUAUAUAUAAUAUAUACCUGAGACAUACUGACAGAAUCUGUAAGCUAAUAAAAUAUAAGAAAAGGUUAAAAAAUAGGUAAAUUGACAAAAAGUAUUUAUUGUUUUCCCAGAUUGCUCUGUUGCCUCCCUGAGCAGAAACCAGUCCCCGUCCCUUUCUUUACAUAUAAGUAGAGCCUGAAGUGGAGGGGCCUUUGUGGCCCGUGGCGUGGCUGGGCAUCUCCUUGCCCUGGGCCGCGCUGGGGCUCAGUGGGGUGGGGUGCAUACGCUGCAUCCUGUUGGCUCCCUGAUUCUCUGUCAAUUAGGCCCAGCAGUCAGCUCCCUGCACAUCUGGAGAGCUGACCUCGUUCCUACAGGCCUGAAUGUGUGUGUGAGCGUGCAGGGGACCAGGUGUGUGUGGCCACGAGUGCGUGUGCGUCUCUGGGAGCUGUCCCUCUGUGGACAUUGUUACAGGGAGCUGGAAAGGAAAGUGUCUAGAUUAGACGGGGGGCAGAGGCCAAGCCCCCACCGCGCUCCCCAAAGGGGAAGUCCCGGGCUGUGUGAGCUAGGUCCUUCCAAAGUGCCCUUCCUUCUGAGAUGUUGAAGCCAAAUAUCUGAAGCUACCUUUCCUUAUUCCCUAACGCACCCAAGGUCUCCUCUAAGAUAGAAGGAGACAUUUCCCCACCCGGUUUCUUUGUAAAUACCUUCCUCUCCCGCUGCCUAGGCCGGCAGCCUCCUCCUGGUCGGUUGCCUCCUCUUGGCUGGAGGCUGGAGGACCCUCCGGAAGCCCGCCCUGCAUGGGGACCGAGUCUGGGGUCAGCCUUCACACUUGCCUAGCCACUGCCCACCCUUAGCCCCUUCAGGCCUGGCCAGCCCCCGCACUCCAGGCCAGCCACGUGUGAGCCAGGGGGUCAUCAGAGAGUGCUGGUGAGCUGGCCACUCGCUCUCAGCACACCUGUGGAGAGAUCAGCACUUCUGGGGCCACGUGGUGGCCUGCCGCCCCGCCCUGCCCAGUGUCUCACAGGUGGACCCGGCACACACACACACACACACACACACAUCACUCUGCGCUGUAGUCUAUGCUUGCCAAAGAUUUCCUUUAAAAGAGAGAGCACUUUGACUCAUUGUUAUCAUUUUAUACGUGUUUAUCCCCGCCUCCCGGCCCUUUGCCUGUUGUGUGUGUUGAAUCUGUCGUCAGCAGGAGAGUGCUGUCUGGUCUGAUGGGGGCUGAGGCAGGGAAGGGUCUGGAGAAAAGGCAAGAAAGAGCGGGAGACGCCUGGUCAGCACGAGGUGCUGCCUCUGCCUGUCCAACAGGUCUCUGGGGCAGGCCUGGGCCUCACCCUAGCUGGCCGCCACAGGCAUGGUGGGGACAUCUCCGAUUCUGCAAGGAUUGGGGCCCAGGGAGAAUAAGAGGGAAGGGCUGGGCCUGAGAGCCGUGGUGAGGGGAGCCGGGGAAAUGAGCUGUGUUUGUGGCUUCUAGGGGUGACAGAGGUGCCCCCCUGCCAUCGUGGUGUCUUGGCUCCUUGGUCUAGCCAGGCGUCUGAGGACAGAAGCAUCACCUCCUGGGUUGGGGACAGGCAUUUUGAGCCAUCUCGCUGACCCCCUCCCCCAGGAGUUGUGAAAGCUGAGGACACUGACUGCCGAGGAUUCUUCUCCCUGACUUCUCAGGAACCCCCAGAUGUGGUAGGGACCGGGCAGGAUGGGUGGUGGGACCUGGGGCUGUGCGGCAUCCUGCUAUGAGGGGGCUCUCAGGAGGGAGAGGAGGGGGACUCUCCUGCUUCAUAUCCCCAUCUAAGGAGCCCACCCCUGCCCACCCCUGGGGUCUUCUAAGAGCUUGGGGGCAGAGUUUCAGGGCCACCUCUUCACCCAGGGCCAGGCCCUGGAAUGCUGAGACUCGUGUUCCCGUGUCCAGAGGUAACAUAGGAUGUGUGUGUGCGUGUGUGCAAGUGUGGACGUCUGUGUGUGUGUUUGGCUCAUCUCUUUAGGGCACUUAGGGGUAAGGGGUUGAGGUGGUGCAUGGCAGAAUGUCAAGUUCAAGGUGACCCAGCGGUGAGAGCUAUCAGAAGGGAGGCCUGUAGGGCCAGCGAUUAGUGGAGUCUCAGCGUUGGGUGGCGAGGACCGGCCCCCUGGGCUGGGCUCAGCAGACCUGUUCCUUCCUGUCUCCCCUGUAAAUGUGGGAGAGGACAGGGGACUCAGUUUCCCACACCUGGGCCGUUCCCAGCAACAAGGUUAUUGUAGAGCCAUGUCCCAAGCUUGUUUUCUAAUCAGUGUUAAAUGGAGUGACACUCUCCUGUGGGUCUGUGUUUGGUCUGUGCGUGUGAGUGUGAGCACGCCCAGGUGUGCCUGCUGUGUCCCCCCCCCCACCCAUUUUCUCUCCUCUCUUCAGACUUGUCAUUCAAAACAAAUGUCAGAAAUUCCUUAUCACAGCACCCCCACCCCGCCUCCCAGGUCCUCUGCAGAAAACCCCGAGUACCCCAGGGUCCUCCCACACCCCGCUGUGUAUUUAUAGAGAUGGAAAUAUACUUUAUAUUUUGUAUCAUUGUGCCUAUAACUUUGCCACCUUGUAUAAACCCUGAUGUAUGCUAUUCGUCCUGGAUAUGAAUGUACGGACCCCCACGCUGGCUCUCCCACUCCUGUACAGCGCCUCGGUUUCUUUGCGAUCCAUUGUAUGGCUUUAUAAAUGAUAAAACUUAAAGAAAAACUGUA